ACUUGGCAGACACAUACUACACACUCCCCGGGGGAUUCACGCAUCCAUACUUAAACACCACUUCAUCACUCAUGGGCAUCGAGAUGAGGUGUCAGGACAGGAGGAUCCUGCUACCUAGCCUACUCCUACUAAUCCUUAUGAUCGGCGGUGUCCAGGCCACCAUGAAGUUGUGCGGCCGCAAACUGCCCGAAACUCUCUCCAAGCUCUGUGUGUAUGGCUUCAACGCAAUGACCAAGAGAACUUUGGACCCCGUGAACUUCAAUCAGAUCGAUGGCUUCGAAGACCGUUCCCUGCUGGAAAGACUGUUGAGUGAUAGUUCGGUUCAGAUGCUCAAGACUCGACGUCUUCGGGAUGGAGUCUUCGACGAGUGUUGCCUGAAGUCGUGCACCAUGGAUGAGGUGCUGAGAUAUUGUGCUGCCAAGCCGAGAACGUAAACCUCGUAAACCUAUUAACCCAAUGACGACAACUGCGAUGAUUGAAAUGGAAUGAAAGGACCCGAUUGGGGAAAGCACUCACGUAAUCAUAGUUGUUAAGUCGUUAUCGAAGCCUACUCAAUUCCAACUUUGGAUUUAUGAUAUAUAUGCACAUGUAAGAGGGAUGUAUGCGCAUAAUUUAUGAUCUGAAAUCAGAGACAGGCACGCGAAAUGAAUCGGAACACGGGAUGUUAUGCAUGGUAGAUAUGUAUGAUUGUGCGGGGCCAGAAUACAUCGCCUGGGUAUAAAUUAUUAAAUAAAUUAUGUAUUCAAACUGC